AUGUGCACAGGGCCAAAGAUUACCGCUUCCAUUUCCAAUCGACUUCGUCUCCCCAAAAGCUGCCGUAUCCCCUUACCCUGCAGGCGCUUGGUCUGUCAACCUGCCAGUCGAAGCAAUUCGCUUGACAAGAUCAAGUGCCGCCGCUUCCAAGCCAUGUCCGUUGAUGACGACGUGUAUGAAGAGCAACUCAACCAUGCCAUUGCCUUGUCAAUCCAAGACCAGGCCCGUACGAACGAGAAGGUGAUGUGCCAAUCAAACCGCACAAACAACCCGACGCCCAACCCAUUCCUUCAAGAUAGAAAGGCAAUGGAGGAGGCUCGACUCGCUCGACUCGCUACCAAACGAAGCCGCGGAUUACAUGACGGAGACUAUGGGGUCGAGGGAGUAGAUAUGCCAGCGCGCAAGAGGGCAACAAUGGCCUCCAAGGAGCCGUCUGCAGCUGGUGUAUCAGUACCGUUUCCAGAAGGUGUCGUCAAACGAACUUGGGUACAGGGCUAUAGUAGAUCUAGCGAUGACAUCAAGAUCGAAGAAAUACUCCAGAAAGAUCAGUUGAAACUCGCUCUGCUAUCCUCCUUCCAAUGGAGCGAGCCAUGGCUAUUGACCAAGAUCGACGUAUCGAGAACAAAAGUCAUCUUAGCGGCCUUCGCUGCCGACGAAUUACAGAAACAAGCAAUGCGCAGUAAUUCGCCCGAAAACAUCAAGUUCUGUUUCCCUGCCAUGCAUGGCCAUGGGGCCAUGCAUUCUAAGCUGCAGAUUCUGAAGUUCGACGACUACCUACGUAUUAUGGUGUUCCUCAUCGACUUACCGCUCCUGACAUUGGCGGAUCAGCCUUGUUCUUCGACCCCGUUCCUGACACAGUUGCAGCUUUUCCUUGGGGCCAUGGGCAUCGAUGAUGGAAUGAUAUCAAGUUUAUCCAAAUACGAUUUUUCCAAAACGGAAGAUCUCGGCUUUGUCUACUCCAGACCAGGAUGGCAUACAGGCAGUGCGUUUUCUGACGUUGGAUAUGCCGGUUUGGGGAAAGCCGUAGCAGCACUUGGCCUAGCUACUUCCGAACCUGUCCAAGUCGAUGUCGCCUGUGCUUCUUUAGGGGCAAUAAAGAAUGACUUGGUCCAGGGUAUAUACCAUGCUUGUCAAGGAUACGUCGACGAAACAACUCAACCGGAAUCGAGUCUGGCAGGUCGGGACAAACCAACAAAGAACGUCGUCGAUAUGCAACAAGUUUUUCGAAUAUAUUUUCCAAGCCACGACACAGUAGCCAAAAGCCGAGGUGGCACCAGAGCUGCUGGGACAAUAUGCUUCCAAGAAAAAUGGUGGCGUGCUACGACCUUUCCUUCGGAACUGAUGCGCGAUUGUGUCAAUACACGGGAUGGGCUACUCAUGCACAGUAAAAUCAUACUGGUACAUUGCAACGGCUCCACGGUAAACGACAGAGUUGCGAAACCAACAUGGGCCUAUGUCGGGAGCGCGAAUCUGUCCGAAAGUGCAUGGGGACGUAUCGUCAAGGACAAGGCCACUGGUCGUCCAAAGAUUCUAUGCCGCAACUGGGAAUGUGGAGUCAUCAUACCAGUUCGCACGGCGCCUGCCUCCGCAGAAACUGGUCAGCCUACCAAUCUGGACAUGUUCAAAGGGGUCGUCCCGGUUCCUAUGAAAACCCCAGGCCCGCGCUAUUCAAAAAAUACACGUCCCUGGUUCUUCCUUCACGCCUGA